AGAACAUCCUUUCGAGGAAGUUCAGUUGGGGGAUGGAAGGUCUUUACUUGGAUGCCAGGAAGUUGGUUCUUGAGUCAAGAGACCUUCUGGACUCCAUUGAAACUGGUCGUGAGAACUCAACUCAGUGUCAGACUUAUCUUUCUCAGAAAAUAAACCGUUUGACACGCACUUUGCAACAGCUUUCAACUUUGGCCUUAAGAGAGCCCUCUUCUCGCAGGGAGGCCUGGCAAUUAAAGAUUGAUAGACUCAAUAGCGACAGCUUGGACAUUCGAGCAGCCUUCGAAAACUAUCUAAGUAGAUCCUACACCGCAGCUAUUCAAGCCAAAGAAAGAGAGGAACUUUUGGAUAGAUACAGUGGAAAAGACACUUCCAUCGUGAUUGAUUCCUUUCAGACAGAGUCACAGUCUCUACACCGUUCAAACGUGACAACAGAGGGAAUCUUGGGGAUGGGUCAGGCGACACUACACGCUCUCUCGCUUCAGCGUUCGAGACUCAAGGGAGCGAAGAAAAGGAUGUUGGACGUAGCUAAUGUGUUAGGAAUCUCACACUCGGUAAUUCGCAUGAUUGAAGGCAGGGAGAAGGUUGAUGCCUAUAUAGUUUACGGAGGAAUGUUCUUUAUAAUUCUCAUUGUAUUCGGAAUCUAUAUUUGGAAGAAAGUCUACGGAUAGCUUUGUCACGGGAGUUGGCUAUCAGGGAAUAGUCUUUGGAUCGCAUAUGGCUUUGGCAAUUAGAUCUUCAAGCAACCAGUCUUUCAACACUGUGUUUGAAAAGUGGUUGUUCAGAAAGUUUUGUAAGGAGUGCUUGUCUCGCUGGU